GUACGGACGUUUUUCCCAGUUUGUCAACCUACAAUUCAAGAAGAUUUAUCUGAAAAUUAUUUCUAAUUAUGUUUGAAAUCCAAAUCGAUACGAUUUAAUUUACUUUUCGAGCAACCCUUUUUUUAAUGGACUUGAAACCUAUUCAAACUGGACUUGCCCAAGUUCGAUACGCAACGCCAUCUUAUACAUUAAGGCAUACACUAAAUGUAUCUUAUAUCAAAAUGAAAGAAAAAUGUCAGAGGGAAUGUUCGUUUUGCUUACAUUCUCGCUAAUCUUUGUAUCUACCGCACUGGUCGUACAAAUUGGUAUAAUUCUUUGGCGUAAAUCUCAUCCACGCUCAUUUGAUGUCGCAACGUUCUGUGCUCUCUGCCUGAUUCCAUCGAUUACCGCCUUCAUACUUUCUUUUUGGUGGUUUCUCAUUUUGUGGGGUAUCUUCUUUUCCAUUUCAAUUAUGGCUUAUCUCAAAGCUCGAUUCGAAAAACCUUUACUUCCAUCCACGCCAGGCCUGAUUUUCCGCUGGUUUUAUUUUGUGCAUUAUUGCAGCUUUGUGUUUUCGUUUUGCGGAUCCCUAGCUUACACCCUUGGUCUCUACGUUGGCAGCAACUACUGGCUCAUAGAUCUGAGCGCCCGUGUUUUGCUCUACGGACUUUACUUUGGUCUUGUUGGCCGCGAUUUUGCAAUGCACAUAACUGACAAUUUAUUUGUUCGCCCAACGUAUCCCACUGAACGCUCCCUUCUACCCUACCAUAAUGCCGAUCUAUUUUGCUGCUCGCUUUGUGGAUACUACAUGAGUAAGGAAACCAAAUGCAGUCUAAGUUGCCAACAUGCCUUCCAUGAGAACUGUGUCAGAGGCUGGUACAUGAUCGGGAAAAAAUCUACCUGCCCGGUUUGUUGGGAGAAAGUCGAUUAUCAACUUCAUGAUCGCAAUCCGUGGGAAACACCAGAUGCCAUUCUGAAAGCUUACCAUGACUUCAUCCGUUGGCUUGUCAUUUAUCUGCCAAUUCUAAUCACCGUUUUCUCCAUCAUCUACGUUCUACUUUAGAGAGACCUGGUUAUUCUGCUAACAACGGUCAAGGUACAAUAAUAAACACAUCAAACGAGAUAAAUAAACCAAAAAGCGUAAUCAAACAUUUGUGAUUUUUUCUUUCAAAAUACUAAUAUAC